AUGCGUGCGAUCCAUCUCUGCCCCUCGGUGCUGAGAGGGGCAAAAAAAAAAGGAUCAACGAUCGCGUCUCCACCGGAGAGCGACUCCGUGCGACGCCGACCCCCUCCUCGCGACACAGUGAUCACCGUGACCCGCGUGGAGUCAUGUGAGAUCGGGAGACCGGACGAGGUGGUCUCGAGUGAUCCAUCGCGGCCGACCCACGGUAUGGGGAUACAUAAGAAGCGCAACAAGUCCCCGCUUCCGCUGCGGAAAAAGUCCCCCGAAGUCGACACGACGACCCUCGCGACAAUGACGACGAACGCAACGAACGUGACGAAUCACGGCAGCCACCCGCAAGGGAAAUUGCCGCGGACGUUGAGCACGUCUGUGUUGCGGGUGAAAACUCGUAGCACCUUCUGGGAACGGUUCUGGCCCGAACGAUAUGGCCGACAGGGGUGA